AUGAAGCUCCUUUCGAUUCUCGUCGGUCUUCCCCUCCUCGUCGCUGGCGUCGUCAACGGAUACGCCAACCCGCAGACGUGCACGGGAGUUUGCACCAACGCCCACGACCCGUCCAUUAUCCGCCGCGACGACGGCACGUACUUCCGCUUCUCGACGGGCAGCAAGAUCGCCAUCCACUCUGCGCCAGCGCUGACAGGUCCAUGGACGUACCGCGGUGCUGCUGUGCCGAACGGCUCGAAGAUUAACCUGAAGGGCAAGGACGAUCUCUGGGCCCCUGAGGUGAACAAAGUCGGCGACACGUAUUACCUGUACUACUCGGUCAGCUCCUUUGGCACUCAGAGCUCCGCCAUCGGUCUGACGCGGUCGAAGACCAUGGAGCCUGGCUCGUGGGUCGAUGCGGGCAGCGUGGGCGUCACGAGCAAUGCGUCCAAGAAGUACAACGCCAUCGACCCGAACCUGAUCCAGGUCGGCAGCCAGUACUACCUUAACUUCGGCAGCUACUGGCAGGGUCUUCACCAGGUGAAGAUGUCCACGGUCCCCGCGAAGAGUACGGGCGCCUCAGCAAACCAGAUCGCCUUCACUUCCAACUACGAAGUGGUCGAGGCGGCGUUCGAGUUCGCGUACAACGGCUACUACUACCUCUUCUUCUCCAAGGGCUCGUGCUGUGGAUAUGACAAAACUCGCCCCGCCAAGGGCAAGGAAUACCGCAUCCUCGUGUGCCGCUCCAAGAGCCCGACGUCGGGCUUCGUGGACAAGAACGGCGUCGACUGCAGGAACAACGGCGGCUCGGUGGUGCUGGAGUCGCACGGCUGGGUGUACGGUCCGGGAGGCCAGGGUGUGUACAAGGACCCGAAGUACGGACCUGUGCUGUACUACCACUACGUUGACACUCGUAUUGGUUACGCGGACGGCGACAAGCGCUUUGGCUGGAACCAGCUCGACUUCUCGAGUGGCUGGCCGAAGGUGUAA